AUGGAGACACACGAGAUAGGCGAAACAGGCACGGGCCCGGGGAUAGCCACGCUGCCGCGGUACAAGGCCACAUACAACGUGAGUGCACUAGCGACCGAUUCUGCAGAGAAUCUGGAUUUGCACGGCACAGAGCCCGCAGACCGCGUGCAGGACUCUGUGGAUGGGUUCGAGCCGCUCCAGGAAAUCCUUGCGACUCCCGACUUCUUCAAGCCCAAGAUGGCGACCAAUAUCCCAAACACCAGCACGGCGUCGUUACCGUCGCAGGUGGGCGAGUACGAGGGACAAGCGUUGCAAUUGGACACAGAGGUGAAGGUGAUGUCGAUACCUAGCUCGCCCGUGCCGAAACUGCACCACAAACACGGAUCAAUUGGAGACAUGCUGAGCGAGAAAGAAGAUCUCGGAGACAAAGCUGCGCGACAGUCGGUGACCACAGAGAAGUCGAACUACUCGCAGAUCAUAGAAGGAUACCAGGAGAGCGCGCACUCCUUACCGAGACAAGAACUGCAAACGAGGACAGAGCAGGAUCAGGCUUCUAAGUUUUGUGACGGCUCGAAUCUGGCUGCUCAACACUCAAACGGCUCUGCCAAUGUUACACACGUGCCCGACACACUGCUAAAAAAAAACGUGCAGACACCUAGCCGGUCUGCGUCGUCGUCGGUGUCGUCGACGCGAAAGGCGAGCUCGAAUGCCACCACGCCGUCCUCCGAGGUAAAGAAGACCAAGACCAAGACCAAGAAAAUGUUUGGCAACCUCACGAGUUUCGUGUCGAGUCUCACACCCUCGGGCUCCCGCUCGGCAUCGCAGUCCAGAGUCAUCUCCGAACCAUACGACUACGUGCGUCACCAGCACGUCGAGUACGACCCAAACUCGCAAACGUACAUUGGGCUUCCUGAAGAGUGGAAACGGGCUUUGGCAGCACAGGGCGUCACUGUCGAGGACCAGAAAAAAAAUCCCCAGGCUGCCAACCAGGUAAUUAAUUUCUUCAACUCCAACUUCAACGAUGAGUCGAACAACAAAUUUAUGAAGGUCCAGGGCCACGACUCAGACCGCAGCAAUGAUAAUGACAGUUUGAGCGAAAGUGAAUAUAAGACGCCGAAUAUCAGCUCUUCCACGCAGUUUGACACCACAGACUAUGCCACCCCCUCCAGUCCCGCAAGUCCUGGGUUUCAGCAGACGCCGAUCGCCCUUCAGAAGGAGACGUUCCCCACGCCGGAUGGAGACAACGAAUUCAUCCCUCGAAGACACGCUCCUCCUCCGCCUUCUUCGACAGCCUCCAAAACUGCUACCACGCUGGCGAUGUCUGCUAAAAGCCCGUUGAGCUCGGUGUCGCGAAUCCCUUCGGGCUCAAAAAAAGCAGCCUCGUCGCCAUCAUCUCUCAUUGGCAGUAUAUCUCGUCGCUUCGGCUCUAAUCAUUCCAAGUCGGGCACCACGCGAUCCGAGAGACCGCAGAUCUUGCAUCUGGGCGAGUUUCUCCCAGUUCCGACGAGUCCAAAGCAAUUGGCCACUGGAACACCACCGCAGAAGGAAGAUGCAUUUUCCAGGCCAGAGGAGAAUGAUACACUGCUUGCCGCUCCUCAACGCCUACCACCUGUUCCACCACCAGUUCCUAUAAAGGACGUCCAGCUGCCACAGAAAUCGGACGAGUCAGUCAAGCCGCAGAUGCCGCCAGUUCCAAAAGGAAAACCAAAGAACGCCAAGAUACCAUUGACAGAAGACGAGCAGGAGCGCAGACGCGAGCUCCGUAGAGCUAAAGAGAGAAAGUAUUUGCAACGUCUGUUGGAGAUAUGUUCUUCGGAAGAUCCUAGCGAAAGAUACCAGGGACUCGUGAAAAUAGGACAGGGUGCUUCUGGAGGAGUCUACACGGCCACCGAGGUCGAGACCAAUACUUGUGUUGCCAUCAAGCAGAUGGAAUUGGAGAGACAACCAAAGAAAGAGUUAAUUAUCAACGAGAUCCUUGUGAUGAAAGGGUCGAAGCACAAAAACAUUGUUAAUUUCAUUGAAGCGUACCUGCUGAAAAAAGACCUCUGGGUGGUGAUGGAGUAUAUGGAAGGAGGGUCCCUGACCGACAUUGUGACCCACAGUGUCAUGACAGAGCGUCAAAUGGGUGCUGUUUGCAGAGAGACAUUGCAAGGUCUCAAGUUUCUUCACUCCAAAGGCAUUAUACACAGGGAUAUCAAAUCUGACAACAUUCUUCUCUCUUUGCAAGGAGACAUCAAACUCACAGACUUCGGGUUCUGUGCCCAAAUCAAAGAUUAUUCUGCAAAGAGAAACACCAUGGUGGGGACUCCGUACUGGAUGGCCCCCGAGGUGGUCACCAAGACAGAGUACGGGCCUAAAGUUGAUGUUUGGUCUUUGGGCAUUAUGACCAUCGAAAUGAUUGAAGGUGAGCCUCCGUACUUGAACGAAACUCCUUUGCGGGCCCUGUAUCUCAUUACCACCAACGGAAAACCUACAUUGAACGACCCGGAUUCGCUUUCCGAGGAGCUACAGGAAUUUCUGGACCAUUGUCUAGAGGUGAAUCCAGACAAACGUCUCGACUCUGCACAGCUCUUGGAACUGCCAUUCAUUAAAAAUGCCGACGACAACAGUUCUUUGGCGCCACUGGUCAAGCUGGCCAGAAUGCAAAAACUCGCUGAGCUUCCCGAUAGUGAAGAUCAUUCAUAG